GAAGUCAGACUGUCAAAAGAUGGCGCUAAUGCAGAUUUCUCAGAGUUCUCGAAUAGAGUCAGCCGAGUUGAGGGAUUGUCCAAACUUUGAAACCAAAUUUCUCUAUUUUUCUAGUGUAACGUACGUUGGAGUUGUAUUUGCCAGUUGAUCGAAGACGACAGAGCUGCUCUGAUAACGUAUUAUAAGCGUUUUCAAGUAAAAUAAAGCAAGCUGGCUUGUUCUCUUCCACUGGAAAUCGAUACUGCAGUGCCAGGGCCAUUCCUGAUCAUUGACGAUCUAAGCCGAUCUCUCUGUCCUAGCUAGUCUUCAUUCUGCUACUAGGGGAAAUGAAUAUGUAGGGAAAAUCUGUAUGAUUGACUGAGCUUACGAUAUAAUACUGCCCUCUGUGACAUAUUAAUAGUGUUCUCUAGACACAGGAAGCAGUUACUUCUUGAAGGUCAAAUGUCCGACAGGGUGUCGGGUCAUGGCCCAGAGGAUUAUACAUCAGUGUCCUUUUCAACUAAGCUGCUAGAAAGUCCAUCAGUGAAAUCUUUCCUUGCAGGAGUCAUAAGCAGUACCAGUUCCUGUAUCCUUCUGCAGCCGUUAGACCUUGUCAAAACCCGUAUCCAGUCUGCACGUUCUACUCUACAUAAUCAAUCGGGGCCUGCCAAAUCCUGUCGGAAGGGUCUGCUUGCUACCACAGUUGAUGUUGUAAAGAAUGAGAGAGUAUUUGGUCUCUGGCAAGGAUUAACACCAUCGCUAGUGAGAACUGUGCCUGGUGUUGGUCUCUAUUUCCUGUCCUUACAUACCAUCCAGACAACAUUUGGAUGGCCUGAAUUAAAUGCUUCACAAGGGUUGUUUGUAGGUGCUCUUGCCAGGUGCAUUGUGGGUACUGCUUUACUACCUGUGACUGUUGUAAAGACAAGAUUUGAGAGCAAACAGUAUUUUUACAGAGGCAUUACUAGCGCACUCAGGAAUAUACACAAAGAGGAAGGAUACAGAGGUCUGUACAGCGGGCUGUCAGCUACUCUUCUUCGCGAUGCUCCUUUCUCUGGACUAUACUUGGCUUUCUACUCCCAAGCCAAGCUACUUGUACAUUCAGCCUCCAGUCAGAUGACGAUUCCUGUUCAUUUUGCGUGUGGUGUAGCCGCCGGUAUUCUUGCCUCCUCCGUCACUCAACCUUUUGAUCUUGUCAAGACACACAUGCAGUUGAAUCCUUCCAAGUACCCUGGCUUUACAUCUACUUUCAAACACAUUGUUAAGAACCAAGGUGUGACGGGUUUGUUUUCGGGUAUGGUCCCACGAUGCAUCAGAAGAACACUAAUGGCUGCGUUAACAUGGACAGUCUAUGAAGAGAUGAAGGUCAGGCUGCAUUUGAAGUAAGAUAUCUAUGAAAGAAAUUUUUACAACUUAGUGCUGAAAUUAUUUUCGAUAACUUUCAAACUUGUGAAAAAGUAUGAUGAUCAAAAGAAAUGUGCAUGUAUACUAUAUUGGAGUCUGUUAUUGGAUCAUUCAAGUGCCUGCUGUUCGUUGACUGCCAAAAAUGCCAAAGUAGCAUCAUCAGCUAUGACAAAUUCAAGAUAUUUGUGAGGGUAUUAUCUUCAGUGUAAUACUCUGCUUCAGCUUAUGCUGAUACCAUCAUGCUACAGUAUUAAACACCUUUGCAUACAUGUAUGUCACUUGUAUAUUGCACAAUUGCAGUCAAACCAAGGAUUCCCAAUAAAGCAUAGUUAACGUACAUGCUAAGAACCAAAAGGCCGAUGCCUGUUGGAGUUUAUUUGUAGUUUGAAAAUUGUAUUGCAGACGCAACCAAUUGCAGAGGAGCUAAUUACGUGCAAGAUAUGCAUUACUAGUCUGACAGCUAACCCCAAACUAUGCUGCAUGUGAGGUUGGCCGAGUACUUAAAUCGUAGCAAUAUGCAGUAUAUUAUGCAAAGGUGUGGAUUCAUACUUUACUUAAUGAACCUUAAAGUAUAAAUGAACAUAUAGUGUAGGGGAUAAUUCAAUUGAACUGAUACCUGAUCAAAUGAAAAUUAAAUGCCAGUGGAUGAUAUACAUUGUUUUGGUGAAUAGAACAGUGUGUCCCAGAAAAAAAAAAGAACUUGUAUCUUUGGGGAAAAUUAAGCGUUAAUCAGAAACCGGCUUUUAAUUUCUGUUAAUUAGGCAAACGAUGAUGCAAAUCAAAAUAGACAUCAAUAUUCAUACAGUUUAUUGCAGUAAAUACCAGGAUUGCUAAAUGACUUUAAAAACUUAUGAUUAUUUUUGUAUUCUGUCUUUGUUACCAUUUGAUAAUCAGUGCAUGAAACAUUUGAAGUUCAGUAAGUAAUUUUAUUGAAAAGCAUAUUUAUCUUGUCAUUAAAAGGAAUAACCAGAUUAUGUCCAGUUUAAACUGAUACAGUAUCAAGAGCAGGAGCUAUGGGUGCCAUCUCGGCCAUGGCAUUAAUUUUCCUCCGCAAGGAACUUAUCCAAAUUGUGCUGCACUCGACCCAGGUGCAGGAGGUGAUAGAAUAUAAAUAAAGGGAACCUGAGGAAUGUGUAGUCUUUGAAAGACUUAUGCACUAGGGUAGGGGCUAGACUGAUACAGUAUCGAGAACAGGAGCUAUUGGUGCCAUCAGUGGGAUGUGGGUUAAAAUCUCCACCAUGGCAUCAAUUAAUUUCCCUCCGCAAGGAACUUAUCCAAAUCGUGCUGCACUCGACCCAGGUGCAGGAGGUGAUAGAAUAUAAAUAAAGGGAACCUGAGGAAUGUGUAGUCUUUGAUAGACUUCUGCACUAGGAUUAGGGCUGGGCUAAAGACAGGGUAGUGAUGACAAUGGGUACUUUAAGUACUCUAAAGAAAUGAUACAUGGUUAACAUUUUUAUUAUUGAUAAUCAUAAUGUCAUUAUAUUCAUCAUUAUCGUCAUCAUCACCAUUGCAUAAUUUUAUACCAUAUUAUUAAUUAUAACUAAUGAAAACUAAUUUUGAUUGGCCAUUGAGCAUUGAUACCUGAUGGUGUUCCAUAAAGCUGUUCUUAAGAUAAGAUCGACUUUAAGAACGACUGGUGACCCUUUCUUGUGGUAAAUGGUAUACACUAAAAUGUUCUUUGGCAAUGAUUUAGCGCGUAAGAAAGGUUCACCAGUCGUUAUUAAAGCUUUAUGAAACGCCCCCUGGGUUGAAAUUAUUUGUGACCACAAUUGCAGUUUUAGGAAACGGGGUCCAGAAGUACAUGUGUGUAUUUAUCAUUUUGUACCAGGAAAGUUGGUUUUUGCAUGCAUAAAGAGGUGGUAUAUUAGCAAGAGUUACAAGAAAGCCAACCCUAAUUAUGGUUACUUUUUUCUUGAAAACAAAUUUUUGAUCAUAUUUGCAUGCAAUUUGGGAGGGGGGGGGGUGGGGAUUCCGAAGUUCUGACUUUUAAACAUGUAUGUGGCUUGUGCCAAUGAACAAAAUUAUCUGCAUGUAUUUUCAGUACUACAUCUGUCAUUGUGAAGUAAGUAUAACUAUUUGUUACAAUGUUCAUCAUUAAAGUGCCUUUGCAAAUAUUGGAUCAGCUGAUACAUGUUGAUUUGCGUAAGCCAAACAGCCAGCCAAGACUGAUGGUCUAUUAUAGGUCCACUGUUCGUAUAUUUUAUUGUAUAUAUUACACCUCAAAGAGGAAAAUGUCUAUAUUCUCUAUUGAUUUCACAUUGAAGGCACUGUGACUUACUGUUGUAGAGUGCACUACUGUGUUUGCCCAUGUGGCUAAUGUGUAGUAAUUAACGUAAGGUUUAUAUGUCAUAAACAGUAAUCAAAUGAAAAUGUAAUAUUCAAUUAUUGAAAUGCUCCAUAUGAUCUUGUGACUGACUUUGUUUUGAAAAUAUAAAGACAGAAAGAUGUUUUCUAAAAAGUUGAUAGAGAUCAAUUGUUUCUUUAUAAAAUAUAUUUUGUGCAAUCUUUUAUGUAUACUGAUAUUAACUUCCAAUUUCAGAGGAACGAACAAAAUGUGGAAAGAAUACCAUGAUUUAGAGACAACUCAAAUAUGUAGUUGAGUUAUAUUCUGUUCAGUUGACUAAGUAAAUAAAAGAUGAAAUAUUAUUACAUA